AUGCCUUCUUGGAUCGGGGCUCUGAUUCUUCCCCUCUCCGGGCUGCUGCUGUCCCUCCCGGCCGGCGCGGAUGUGAAGGCUCGGAGCUGCGGCGAGGUCCGCCAGGCGUACGGUGCCAAGGGAUUCAGCCUGGCGGACAUCCCCUACCAGGAGAUAGCAGGGGAACACUUAAGAAUCUGUCCUCAGGAGUACACGUGCUGCACCACGGAAAUGGAAGACAAGCUAAGCCAGCAAAGCAAACUGGAGUUUGAAAACCUGGUGGAGGAGACGAGUCACUUCGUGCGCACCACCUUCGUGUCCAGGCACAAGAAAUUUGACGAAUUUUUCCGAGAGCUUCUGGAAAAUGCAGAGAAGUCACUAAAUGAUAUGUUUGUACGGACUUAUGGCAUGCUGUACAUGCAGAAUUCGGAAGUGUUCCAGGACCUCUUCACAGAGCUAAAAAGAUACUACACUGGGGGCAAUGUGAAUCUGGAGGAGAUGCUCAAUGACUUCUGGGCUCGGCUCCUGGAACGAAUGUUUCAGCUGAUCAACCCACAGUAUCACUUCAGCGAGGACUACCUGGAGUGCGUGAGCAAAUACACAGACCAGCUGAAGCCAUUCGGAGAUGUUCCCCGGAAGCUGAAAAUUCAGGUUACUCGCGCCUUCAUUGCUGCUCGGACAUUUGUCCAGGGGCUGACCGUGGGCAGAGAAGUUGCAAAUCGAGUUUCCAAGGUGAGCCCGACCCCAGGCUGCAUCCGUGCGCUCAUGAAGAUGCUGUACUGCCCUUACUGUCGGGGACUCCCCACGGUGAGACCCUGCAACAACUACUGCCUUAACGUCAUGAAGGGCUGCCUGGCAAAUCAGGCUGAUCUCGACACCGAGUGGAAUCUGUUUAUAGAUGCAAUGCUCUUGGUGGCAGAGCGACUGGAAGGACCAUUCAACAUUGAGUCAGUCAUGGACCCAAUAGAUGUCAAGAUCUCUGAAGCCAUCAUGAACAUGCAAGAGAACAGCAUGCAGGUGUCUGCAAAGGUCUUUCAGGGAUGUGGCCAACCCAAACCUGCUCCAGCCCUCAGAUCUGCUCGCUCAGCUCCUGAAAAUUUUAAUACGCGGUUCAGGCCUUACAAUCCUGAGGAGAGACCAACCACUGCUGCAGGCACGAGCUUGGACCGGCUGGUCACAGACAUAAAAGAGAAACUGAAGCUCUCUAAAAAGGUCUGGUCAGCAUUGCCCUACACCAUCUGCAAGGACGAGAGUGUGACGGCGGGCACGUCCAAUGAAGAGGAAUGUUGGAACGGGCACAGCAAAGCCAGAUACUUGCCUGAGAUCAUGAACGAUGGGCUGACCAACCAGAUCAACAACCCCGAGGUGGACGUGGACAUCACGCGGCCCGACACGUUCAUCAGGCAGCAGAUCAUGGCUCUCCGUGUGAUGACCAACAAACUGAAGAAUGCGUACAAUGGCAACGACGUCAACUUCCAGGACACGAGUGAUGAAUCCAGCGGCUCGGGGAGUGGCAGUGGGUGUAUGGAUGAUGUGUGUCCUACGGAGUUUGAGUUUGUUACCACAGAGGCCCCGGCAGUGGAUCCUGAUAGGAGAGAAGUAGACUCUUCUGCAGCCCAGCUGGGACACUCGCUCCUCUCAGGAUCUCUCGUCUGCAUCGCCCUGGCGUGGCAGAGACUGUGCAGAUAA